UAUUAUUAUUAUUAUUAUUAUUAUUAUUAUUAUUAUUAUUAUUAUUAUUAUUAUUAUUAUUAUUAUUAUUAUUAUUAUUAUUAUUAUUAUUAUUAUUUUAUUAUUAUCCUCAUCGUCAUCUUCAUCAUAUCCUCCUUCUCCUCCUCACCAUCCCCUCACCCUGGUUAUCCUUGCCUAACAUCAUCAGUAUCAUCAUCAGCCGUUAAUUUUUUUCAACGGGACAUCGGCUUUUCCCAACUUAUCCGCCUCUCUAUCUGAUGUUUGUGUACUCUGCCCUGCUUCGGUAAAAGAUCAUACUUCAUCCCUUCACCUGCCUCUGCCUUCACUCCUGUAAUCCCUGGGUCGUCACUCUUCCUUGAUUUGCACCCUGUUCUGCAUAACACGGGGGCUUCGUGGUGCAGUGGUUAGCACACUUGGCUCACAACCGAGAGAGCACGGGUUCGAUUCCCGGGCGGAGUGGAAAAAUUUGGGUGGCUUUUCCGAUACCCUACGCCCCUGUCCACCCAGCAGUGAACGGGUACCAGGUAUUAAUCAGGGGUUGUGUCCCGUCUCCUGGGAUCUGUUUCCUUCUCCUAUAAUUCCUUCCCCUCCUGUCUCUCUCCGGCAUAUGACCACAGAUGUUGCGCCGACUAAACAAAACUUUAAUUUCCAGCUAAUUUGAUGAGGUGCCUACUCCCUAUACUCGUCACUAGAUUAACCUAACCAUAGUGUGCUGUAGUUUCCAUUUGCCCAACCAGCCAAUCCCACAAAUCCAGGUGGAGUCAGGUAGGAGGGUAGCGAGCAGGGACUUAAUUCCUCUCUGGCACAUUCUCACCUUAGGCUGAAAAGGGUACAGUGACGUGUUCAUGGGGUGCUGGAGGUGAAUGGUUCAGCUUGGCAUGUUCUGACUAAUGGGAUUCAACAGUUUCAGGUGUUUAUAUUGAUGGAAUGCUUUUAUGGGGUGUUUGCUGUGGAAUUCUUCUAUCAAUUGCCUCUUUUGGUUGAAUGGAAUGGAAUGGCAAUAUAACAUGGAAUGCUUAAUGGGUUUUUUUUCUCUGUGUUUUUGUAAGUGUUUGUGGUGUGUGUUUGAGCUGAAAUCUUCGGUCGGUAUUUUCAGACACCUCCGCCUCUCACACCCACUAUUUACAAAGGCCGGAAAGGAGGUGAAUCGGGUUCUAACGAGUGUUUAUUUAUGUUCAUGGUCCAGAAAAAGGGUCAGACUACCAGAAGGGUCAUAAAACUACCCCUGGAAAUGCCCAAAACUCCUAUGAAAGCCUUGUCAAAUAUGUGUGCUGAGGGGCGGAAAUGCUUGAUGAUAUGGAUCCUUGUGCAUGAGGUGUUCAGGGGUUAGCAGUGUCUGAGGACUGAUGGGUGUUGCAUGUUUUACUGAGGCAGCGUCUGAGAGGGAAUGAACCUUAUGCUCUGGCGACUUGGACUAAUGCUAUCUCUCUCUCUCUCUCUCUCUGCCCCAAUAACUCACAGGUAACACAACCCCAGGUCCCUCAUCAUCAGCUACAACCACCACCACCCCUCCCCCCAACACCACAACCUCAUCUCCCAUCACCACACCACCACCAACCACCACUACCCACAGCAACACCACAACCACCAGUACCCUUAACACGACACAGCCCACCGAGCAACCUUACCCCGAAACCACGACAGAAAUGGAAACUACACUAGAGAACGCCACAGAGACCACAGCCACCACGAUGCAAACUGAAACCACGUCUGAGUUUGAGACCACAACAGGCCUUUACAACUUCACAGAGAGCGUUACCACUCCAGAAACAGACCCAACGACCGAAGUGGUGGCCGCAACUGAAACUAAGCCUUACGAUACAACCACUUCCGUACCAACUGAGGAAGAAACCACAACCGAAACCACCAUAACGCCUGAAACAGAGAUCACAACGGAAUGGGAAAUCACGACAGAGGCCCGAACUGAAUCUAACACCACCAUCACUACCACCACCACAGAAACGGCCACCAUCACCAACACAGACGCUACAACAGACGUGGGAACAUCAACAACGGAAACCGAAUCAUCCGCUGAAACAGAGACCACAACGGACAGGGGCACUGAAGCCACAAGAACCACAGAGAAAACAGGGACCCCAACAGACAUGACCACUGAAACCACAAGAACUGCAGAGAAAACAGGGACCCCAACAGACAUGACCACUGAAACCACAAGAACCACAGAAGCCACAGAAACAGGGACGUGGGUGACAGAUGGAGGAGAGCAAACUAGUGGCAAAGAAACAACUUACAAAACAACUAUGGAAAUUGGAACAGGGGUCACAGACGGUACGGAGACACUUCAAGAAACCACCGCACCGCACUUCACCACCAGCAACCAAACUACCGAGCCUAAUACUACCCCUGAAGGACCAAUUAUUACCACUGAAACAACGGACUCACAAACACCAGAAGCCUCAACCACCCUGGGAGGAACCGCCACAACUGAAGAGGAUUCAACACCAACAGAAGAACCUAAUUCCACCUUUCUCGGAACAUCCACGACGGAAACUACCGAAACGCAAACCCUAGAAUCCUCCACGGCCGCUGGCAAAAUAUCCACCUCUGAUAAGAACUUGGUUAGCAAGCUUAUUUGUUCUUUCUUUGGUUACUGCCCUUGAUCCCUGUCCGUUAUUAUAAAAAAAGGAUACACACAGACAUCACCUCUGGCCUUCGUACUGGAAUCUUCAUAAGUUUUCGUGACCCACCAAACAGAAAGCAAACUGCAGCUUCAAAAAUCCUGGCGCUAAAAUGCCAUACCUUCCAAGACAUGACGGGGGAAAAUCAGCCCCAGAAUUAGCCUUUUGAUGAAAUGAUUGAGGGGAAAAGUAACAAUGGACAGAAAAGUUCCCCUCCUCAAAAAACGAGAAAUCCACAUCCUAAAAGUGUUCCUUCCUUGACCCGGUACCAGCGACGAGCCAAAUUUGUGGCUUUACCGUGUAGCAGCGACGGGCCAAAUUUGUGGCUUUACCGUGUAGCAGCGAUGGGCCAAAUUUGUGCCAUGAUAUAAACUCCCCAAAAUAGAUGAUGCAUAAACUGAUCACAAAUGCUUUGAUAUAUAUUAUGAAAUGGUUUGUGUGAGUGAUGAUUUUUUCUCAUUUUUCUCGCUUAGAGGGACCAUUAAGAAACAUGAUCCCCGCUGCUACUGGGUUAAUAUUCUUAUUCAAAUGCAGUAUAUAUGUAUUAUGGAACAACUAUACUGUAACUUAGAAAAUUCAUAAAAUUCAUAUUAGAACUCAAAAUUGAUAAAAAAAAUGCUAGUAAUAUGUAGUUAAGAAAAGACAACUUAGAUAAAAAAGAAAUUAUUAAGGGAAAAGUGUAAUGUUUAAGUAUGAUUCAAUAUUUCAAGUAAUUAAAUGACACACCUCUGUGAACAAAUGCCGAACGUAGAGGGCAAAAAUCCACCAGGAAGGCCAAGGAAGAUGUGGAGAAAGGUGGUGGAGGAAGAUAUGAGGAGGCUGAACAUCACAGAAGAAAUGGCUAUGGACCGGCAACAGUGGAGGAGGCUCAUAUCCCGUCCAACCCCACCAUAGGGAAUAAAUGGACGUUAAACGAUGAUGAUGAUGAUGAUGAUGUCACAAUAAGUUAAGGCGCUAAAAGUGUUACCCAAACAAAAAAGGUAACAGGAUGAGAAGAGUGUGUGGGAGACCAAACUAUUAGAUCCUUUAUAUGCUGGACAUAAUACAAGCUAUAGUUUGUGCUUUCACGGAUCAAUGGAAGCUAAAAUGUGUGUCUUUUUGGCCGGUGAGCAAACAUUGAUGUCGUAGGUUUUGACUUUAUAAAAGGAAGUUAUUUGGUUAUGGAUGGAUCAGAUGGGUAGGCGGUGGCUGAGUGGUAGCUUGCUGGGCCCACAUUCACCGCGUGAUGAACGAUGCGGGUUUGAAUCCCCACGCUACCACCUCGGAUUUUUCAGUCACCGCCGAGUGGCUUAAAACUACCCACAUGCUGUCCUGAAGACCACUCAUCAACCUGGACUCUAGAGGAAACCGUCCAAGUGAAUCAAGAAGGAGUUCCGGGGGGCAGCAUGAGCCAAGAGAAGAUGGCGCCACUAUAAACACUUGCCUGCGCCAUGACGAGCUGGGGCUGACUACCAUCCAGGCCCCUCAAGAGAGCCUACCGGCGCUAUAGGCAUACACUUAAAAAAAAAGAAAAAAAAAAAAGAGAGAGAGAGAGUUGAAGGCAAGGUGACUGAUGGGCACGUGUCACACCUUACAAUCACACACCAGAUCCAGCCACAUCAGUAACAACAACAACAACAAUAUCAGUUACAACAGCCUUCAUGCCAGCACUUACCAUCAUGCCACAUUUCCCAGUUACUGUUUCACAAGCUGGUUGAGUUCCGAGCAAAAACACAUCCACCGGUCAACUCUAGCUCUCUGCCCCAAAAUGAAAACAUGGGGGGCACACACACACCAGACCACCAAGAGGCCUGUGCUGGAAAAUAGUCAACUCCUUCCUAAGUCUUGUGUACGAAGGAAAAGUAUGUUGGGAAAGUCCUUUGUCCUGGAGUGACUAGUGUAGUGCCACGGUGACUAAGCCUGUUGGGCGAGUCUCCCAUAACUCCCUCUGCCAGUGGGUACCUCUUUGGCCGACUGGUAAAGGAGUGGCUCUCCCAUUAUGCUGGUCGUGGGUUCGAUCCCCGGCGUCGGCAAACCUUAAUUUCCUUGUCUGGAUUAAUUUCUCGUGUGUUUCGUUACAUGCGGUGGCCGUGUGGGAGUGGAGAAAAGAGCAAAUCCUGGCAUUUCACUAGUAAUGGCCGAAGGUGAUGAGGAUGAUGAUAAAAGAAGAAAAAACUGUGCAGUCAUUAUCGGAAUGUCCUGUCAUCAAGCACUCCCAGAAAGGAUAAAUGUGAAGCUGAAGUCACUAACAUUUUGCUUACAAAUGAAGAAAACAUUACCUUAACACUUGUGUGGAAUUUUGUAUUUUGCACCUGUAACUUAACAUAAUUACCAAUUGCAAUACAAAAAAGCAAAGUUCAUGCUGAAAAGACCGAAAACCCAGUGUGUCAAAUCUCUGGCAGCCCUCCCCUGGUUCUGGUCUCUGUGUCUUUUGUGUAAUAGGUGUUCAAAUCUGACUGAACAAGUGAAUCAUCUGUCUAUGUAAGUAUGUGUUUCAUCUCCAAGACCUGUGAUCACGGCACCACCACCACCACCACCACCUCUGCCCCCUUUUUAUACACCACUGUGUAAACACUAACCACCCUGUUAUUGCCACUGUACUGUUGAUGUUCCUGGAGCCAAGCUUGUUGUUGAUGUUGCCUAGUCCUUUGUAGUGACAUUGUUGACAUGGACCAUACUGUCUCUAGUACUGUGCAUUUAAUGGGUGUACUUGCAACCAUGGAUGUAAUGUCCCUUAGCUUUCUCUCUUUUAAGACCUUGAAGAAGUAUGUUGGAUUUGAUUCUCUUUGAUGCUCUGUAACUCCCAGCCCUACAGCCACAAGCACUUCUAUGCAAGCCUUAAUUUCCAAAAGCCUUGACAGGCUUGGAAUGUAUCUUUUUACUAUAGAUGGUCCUUGAUAUUGUUUUAAAACAGUUUAGUCCACAGCUUUAAGUAAUCAUCAUUAUU